UCGAGCGCAGCCAUCGGAGCGCCUGGGCGGCGCGGCGCGCGAGAUGGCUCCGGUCGCGGACCGUCAGGCCUACUGGGGCCCGACCUCCACGCUCGACUGGUGCGAGGAGAACUACGCGGUGACCUGGUACAUGGCCGAGUUCUGGAAUACAGUGAGUAACCUGAUUAUGAUUAUACCUCCAAUUUUUGGUGCAAUUCAGAGUGUUAGAGAUGGACUGGAAAAGCGGUACAUUGCUGCUUAUUUAGCACUUACAGUGGUAGGAAUGGGAUCCUGGUGCUUCCACAUGACUCUGAAAUAUGAAAUGCAGCUAUUGGAUGAACUCCCAAUGAUUUACAGCAGUUGUAUAUUUGUGUACUGCAUGUUUGAAUGUUUCAAGACCAAGAACUCAGUAAACUACCAUCUGCUUUUUAUCUUAGUUCUAUUCAGUUUAAUAGUAACCACCGUUUACCUUAAGGUAAAGGAGCCUGUAUUCCAUCAGGUCAUGUAUGGAAUGUUGGUCUUCACAUUAGUACUUCGAUCAAUUUAUAUUGUUACAUGGGUUUAUCCAUGGCUUAGAGGACUGGGUUAUACAUCUUUGGGUGUAUUUUUAUUGGGAUUUUUAUUAUGGAAUGUAGAUAACAUCUUUUGUGAUUCACUGAGGAACUUUCGAAAGAAGGUACCACCUAUCGUAGGUGUUACCACACAGUUUCAUGCAUGGUGGCAUAUUUUAACUGGCCUUGGUUCUUAUCUUCACAUCCUUUUCAGUAUAUAUACAAGAACACUUUACCUGAGAUAUAGGCCAAAAGUGAAGUUUCUCUUCGGAAUCUGGCCAGUGAUCCUGUUUGAGCCUCUCAGAAAGCACUGAUGAAUUAUUCCACCAAGAAAACAAAAAAGCACCUACCAUAGGCCCAGCCAAAUGAAUAAGGAAAUCCUUAAAGAUCUACAUGUUCAAAUAUAUCAGGACUAUCACGGCAAAUAAGUGGCUUUCUGACUAACACUGUCAGCCACACAGAGAAUGAGGAAUGGGGCUUGUUGGAUGUUUAGCUUAUGUCAUUAUCUCAUUCGUCCUCCUCCUCACCCUAAGAUGUUUAAAAAGAAACAUACACGAUAUAUCUAUAUAUACUUGAAUGCCAGAAAAAUUGGGAUUUUCAUAACAGGUUAACAGUUUGUGCUUAUAACAGGAAAUUUACCAUUUCCUCUUUUUUGACAAGGGUUGCAUGUGAACUAUACUUUUCAUAAUAUUUGGUUAAAUAAUGAAAGCAGCUAGACUGGCAAACCCCAUGUCCAGAUGGCCAGCUAUAAGCCAGCCCUUAGCUGUGUCAGCCUUGAUUUAUAUUUUUGUCAAAGUAGCCUCAUGGAUGGUUUUCCAAGGUUAAAAAAAGGAAGAAAAAGAGCUAUCAGUGGGAUUCUGGUAGUUUUUCACUGCUGCCUCUGUGCUACUCAGAGUGUGUCAUGAGCAAGCUCAGACCUGCCAUUGGGUUAUCACAUCCCAGCUCUGGCUUGUCUGUGUUUAGCCACAGUCAGUCAGAGUAGGAGGGUCAUCUUGCAACCUUUAUGAAGGCUCUGAGGACACCUAUACAAUGUUGUAUCCCCAGACAGUUAAAGGUGGUUGUUCAGUUUCCUUUGAUCUUUGCAGAUCUUUAAGUUUGUUACUGUUUUUAUGGCUAGGCAAACAUGAUUGGUGGUCUGGUCUACCCGUAUUCCAUCCUCCUAGCAUAAUUUAUGUGAAGUUACCAGUGAAUGUCAUUAUACUCUGACUUUUUAGAUUAUGCAAUAUUUUCCAGUUUUCAGAGAGGUCAUGGUUACGCCCAGAGAAAUGUGUUGGGUUACCUAGAGCCAAACGACCAGGAUCCUAUUUACAUAAAGCUUAUUAGAAUACCUGCUCCUUCAUUUCAGGUUUGAGAACAGCUCUAACUUACUUGAACUUGUAACAGAACUCCCUAAAGUUAAAUUGCUGAAAAACAGCAGUGAAAUCUCAUUGUAAAGCAGCCAGUUCUAAUUUAGAUUUGAAUUAUAACAAAUUGUAUCACUUUUCACAAACAUAACACCUGUCUGGAUUUUAAAAUUCUAUUUGAUCCCCUUUAUUCAUAUAUCACCAUAUUUGUAGUCUACACCAUUUAGCAUUUUUAUGACUUCUUCUUGCUUAUUCAUUAUUAUAAAUUCCAGAGUGUUUUUUACCACAUGGUUUCAUUAUCCCAGAUGAAAUCCUGAGCUACAGCUUCAAAAGGAAACAUUUUCUUAUGCAAAGGUAUUAAACACUUCUGUCAUUUUUCCAGUAUUCAGUAAGUAGCCUUAGUACAAAUUUAAAACCAAUGCAAAUUUUAUCCUUUUUCUUCACCUACUGGCCUUAGUUUUAGUCCAAAUGCUAUCAUCCUUAUCAUGCCAUUAGGCAGAUGAUUCCACCUACUUUUAUGACCCUCUAGCUAGAAAAACACUUGCCAAAACAUAAAUGUAACACAACUGUGGUCGUGCCUUAGGAAAACAUGAAACUCAACAGUUCCAACACACAGCCCAUAGACUGUUAUUUCUUUUCCCACAAGAUUCUGACUUCUGGCUACAUUUCAUGUGCAGCUACCUAGGCUGUCAGCCAUCUUACAUUUUUUAAUGACUUCCAUUUGUUCCACACCAUUGCCUUUUGUACUUUUCCUUCAAGAUAUACUUCUGCAUACAGAAUCUAUAUAGAAACAGAGGCACAUUCUUAAUGAUGAUGCUGCUAAACACUGGGAGAUGGAGGUGCUGCAGUAUUAAAGUCAGAUUAAGAUUAUCGGGAGCACACCCUGAGAGGGGCCCUUCAGAGCAGUUUGUUGAAUGAGCAUUUCAACCAUCAGUUGUUGACUAAAGUUGUCUAGCACCUCAUUGGAGAAGCACAUCAGUGGGCGACUUGUGACAUUAUGGCCAAUUUUUCAAAGACCUUUGUUUCUGUUGUGAAGAUAGCUGUGAAAUAUUUCACAUGUGUUUAGCAAAAGGGGACUAAAUCCAGUCUCUUUCAUUUUCCAAGUUAGUUUUUGCCCCACAUGGCUCUCUUUUUAGCAGCCUAACUAUUAGCACACCCAAGGCAUUGUAUCUGUGCCACAGAUAGUAUUUGGAAAUACUGCUGACCUUCAGGAUAUUUGCUAAAUCGUCUUUAUGUCAAUGGCUUUUUUCCUUCUAGGAUUCUGGGUGGGCAUUACAGGGUUGGCUUACUACCCUGCUCCCUUCCCUUUAUUUUCUUAGAAGACUUCCUGUUAACUAGAGUGUACAAAAAGCAACAAAAACAAACCUGUUUCCUACUGAGCAAAUAAUGGUUUGUUUGCAUAUCACCUGAUGCGAAAGGUGCUCAUCUGUGAGCCCUACAGCACAUUAUAUUUUAGAAAACAAUAUUUUAUGAGGAUGUGAAAGAGGCAGUUUGCUUGCACAUUUUAAUAUUUUUCUUAUGCUGCCAUUUUCACUUCAGAAAAUUGAAAGCAAUUAGACUUUUUUUUUUUAAGGGAAAACUAGGUGAAAGGUGGUUGUGUUCAUCAGAUUGGUCAUUCUGCCUACUCCUCCCCACCUUGGUACUUUCAUGAAACAUUGCCACCACCUGAAGUGAUCUCUUUAAUCUUUGUGAUAUUAUAUAAAUUGAUCAUUAACUGGAAAAACACUUGUGUGAAUAAUCUACAAAUGAGGACCCCAAACAGUGGUAUUUGGUUUAGCAGAAUUCUAUAAAAAAAACCUUCCUGCAAAAUUUCCAGGACUGUUAAUCUGGCCUUUCCCUACACUAAAAGGUUUUUCUUAGUAAUACUAAGAAGAAGAGGUGUGAGUCAAUGAAAAUCAAAAGACCCAAAUUUCAGGUAUAUAGUACAUACAUGAAAGUCUUUAAAUGCCUGCAGAAACGAAGUUCUAUUUUAAUGCAAACACCUUCUGAAUUUAGCCAGUGCCCCUAAAAGUGUCUAAUAAUUUACUUUAAGGUUUUCUUAUGAGUUUUAUGGGUUCCAUAUUACUUUGCUCUUGAAAAAAAAUUACUGGUUGCUAAGUGUGCAGAUUUAGCUCUCAAUUCCACAUUUACAUGACUGAAGAAACUCCUUUAACCCAUGGAUUAUGAUGUGCCACUGGAUAAACAUUUGUGUAAAACUGAAGUUUCGAGGAGAACCAGUUAUAUUGGAAUUUGCAGCUAUAUGGCGAUUUGCAGAUCUACCUCUGUCUUACAUCUUACAUCAUAUCAGUGCCAUAAUAUAAUUAGUUUGAUCACUUUG